AUGACGAAGUCUUCCUCUUCCUCCCAGUCCUCAGCAGCUACUUCCUUGAGUCAGGAUUCUACCAUACCUCAACUGGCCGAUGAACUUAAGGAGCUCCGAGGGCUGGCACUAGAUCUUGUAAGGAAUGCUUCUGUUCCAGUUGCCUUAGCAGCCAGAGCAGUUGGUACUCCCCUAACUUCCUCAAACUUGGUUCCACCAAGUCAAAACCUGGAGUCGAUACACUCACCUCCAAAAAAUCAAUGGAAGAGAGGUCAAAGGCAUAGAAGCUCCAAGGUCCACUAUCCGACAAGAAGUCUGAAUCUGAGUGGGGGCGGGAUCAUCAAGGGUGGCGGCAGCAGGGGCGGCGGCAGCAGGGGCGGCGGCAGCAGGGGCGGCGGCAGCAGGGGCGGCGGCAGCAGGGGCGGCGGCAGCAGGAGCGGCGGCAGCAGCGCCAGGAACAGGACAACCGAAGUUGGCCUUCCUAACAUAUGCCCUUUCCUCUAA